AUGCGUCCAAGCAACAGAACAGUCAAUCUGAAAGGUGCCAAGACAGUUUCUAUAAAGACAACUGGAAAUGAGAAGAACAGAUACAGUGUCGUCUUGGGUUGUGCUGCUGAUGGAACCAAGCUAAAGCCAAUGUUGAUUUUCAAGAGGAAGACUUUCCCCAAAGAAGAAAUUCCCGAUGGAAUACUUCUUCACAUGCAUGAGAAAGGCUGGAUGGAUACUGAUGGUAUGCAAAUUUGGUUCAAGAAGAUAUUUGGAUGCCGACCAAGAGCUCUGCUUAAUAAACCGACCUUGCUUGUCUUCUAUUCCUUCAGGGGACACUUGACUGAGGAUGUUAAGAAGAUUGCCUAG